CAGCGUCUGAGAAUGUACGUUUACAUAAUUUUCCUUUAAAUAAAUUAUUUGAACCAGAAAGGAAGCCAUUAAGCUUUCGGCGACACCAUUUGCUCUUCUUUCUUCUUCGCUCUCACUACUCUGUGGAAACUAUUACCGAGUCAAAAAAGCAGAGCCUUCUCUCUCUCUCCAUUCCUCUCUGUUAUACAUAGUCGCUCACCAGCCCAUACACACACUUCACUGUGGAAGAAUUUCACCUCUCCGGUCGAUGCUGUUGUGUUUCCACGGCGGUCUGAACUCGACCAUCCAGGAGGCCAAGUACACGACCGGGUCGCCGGAAUGUCUAGCAAUCCGUCCGACGGGUCUUCCGAAGACUUCUUUGAGCAAAUCCUAGGGUUCCCCCCUUACGUCUCCGAUGCCAAUUUGGCGGGAACGGCUUCAGCGUCUCCGAUGAUGCUCCAGCUCGGCUCCCGAGACGGGUCGGGUCACCUCGGUGGUGUUAGGAUGGGUAUGGGGCUGGGCGGGAUGGGGAUGCCUUUCCACGCAACUGGUACGCCGUUUCCGCUGGGGCUCAGCUUGGAGCAGGGGAGAGGUGAGUUCAUGAAGAUGAACGAUACAUCUUCUCACAGCAUGAAGAUGGAUAACAGAGCUUCAUCUUCUAUGAAACCUGGUUUCCAUGGCCAGCUGAUGCCAAGCUCAGUUCCCAAUAUGGCACAUCCACCUGCAGUUCGACCAAGGGUGCGGGCAAGGCGGGGUCAGGCAACUGAUCCACAUAGUAUUGCUGAGAGGUUGCGCAGGGAAAGAAUAGCAGAAAGGAUUCGAGCAUUGCAAGAGUUGGUUCCCAAUGUUAAUAAGACUGAUAGAGCAGUCAUGCUUGAUGAAAUUGUGGAUUAUGUGAAGUUCCUAAGACUUCAAGUCAAGGUGUUGAGCAUGAGCAGAUUGGGAGGGGCUGGGGCAGUUGCACCAUUAGUAACUGAAAUGCCAAUUUCAUUGUCAGAGGAAGAGGGCGGAGAAGCAGGAAAAAGUCAACCGGCGUGGGAGAAAUGGUCAAACGACGGAACGGAAAGACAGGUCGCUAAACUGAUGGAAGAAAACGUUGGGGCAGCAAUGCAAUUUCUCCAGUCCAAGGCCCUCUGCAUUAUGCCAAUCUCCCUUGCUUCCGCCAUCUACCACUCCCAAUCCCCAGACACCACUGCUCCUAGCUUCUUAAAACCUGAAACAAAUCCUCCUUCAUAAGAAAACACCACUGCUCCUAGCUUCUUAAAACCUGAAACAAAUCCUCCUUCAUAAGAAAACACCACUUUCACAUAAUGCCCUUCACCUUUUCUUUGAACCUUUUGAAAUGGAAAUCCUAGUCAGAUGCCAGGGUGCCACAACCUUUGUUUUCCGUGUCUUCUUGGGUCUUUAUGCAAAGACGCUGUUCGGUGUCGUGUUAUAAAAUAACCGGAUAGGUUGUGGCCAAAUUGUCAAAGGCACCUUUGAUUUGCUGCCUGAUUUUAUGUAUCAUGUAUGUAUGCAUUAUUAGGAAAGAAAAAAAGUAUAGUCGGUGGUGGGCAUGUGGGGUUGCCUGGUGUUUUAGUGGUGAAUGACAGAAGCCCUUUUACUGUUUUAAAAUUAUAAUAUAGCCCGGGAGGCCGGGAGUCCUGUUUCAGUAGUGGAUGUUUAAACAGUUAUACUUAUUAAAUGCAAAAAGUUGUAAGGCACUUGUAUUUGAUUAUUCAGUAUUGAGUUUUUCUAUAAUAUUGCUCAUAUUGAAACAACCUUAGACUAAUAUGUUACUCCUGC